AUGGUGGUGCGCUACCUUGUUUUGCCCUCCACCACUGCCAGAUACGAGCAGCCCAAGUGUGAUGGAAACGCCAGAGCCCACCCCACCAAACCCAAGGACCACUACAGGAGCCGGCAUCUGCAAGGCUGCCCCGGGGCCAAGAAGACAGAGUUCCUUACAAGUGUUCUUGACGCGCUGUCGACAGACAUGGUCCACGCCGUCACAGACCCCGCCUCCGCCGGCAGGAUGGCGGAGCCAGACCCCAGCCACACCCUGGAAGAGCGCGUGGUGCACUGGUACUUCGGCCAGCUGGACAAGAACUCCAGCGGGGACAUCGGCAAGAAGGAGAUCAAGCCCUUCAAGAGGUUCCUGCGCAAGAAGUCCAAGCCCAAGAAGUGCGUGAAGAAGUUUGUGGAGUACUGCGACAUCAGCAACGACAAGGCGCUGUCCCUGCAGGAGCUGAUGGGUUGCCUGGGAGUCACCAAGGAGGAGGGGGCGAAGACAACAGCCAGCGUUCCAUCCAGUAAACUGAACCCGUCAAAGAAGCAGGGCUGAGGCCGCCCACCCCCCCCCCCCCCGGCCC